ACGCCGCGUCCCGUUGAUCUCGGAACCACGCCGCCUCCUCCUUCUUCUCCUCCUCCUCCUUCCCUCCCUCAUCCCACAGGGUUCCCUCAGAAGCCAACCAGCCAUGGUGGACGAGAGCUACGCACCGGACAGGGACAUGAAGGAGUUCCAGUUCCGGCAGAUGAAGCGCGUGCGUGCGUUUGUGCCACCGGGACUGCUGCCCUGCGAUCGCGUGAGCCUCCUGGCCGUGUCCAGUCGCUACGGCCUGCUGUUCGUGGGCGUCCCCUCGGGCCUGCGAAUCUACGAGACGCGCAGCCUCGUGGCGGCCAACACGCUGGGCGGGGACAUGGACACCGUGGUGGAGGACGUGGAGCACGUGGAGCUGCUCUUGCCCCAGCAACCGCACCAGAUGUCGCUGUCGUCGGACGAGCUCACGCUCGCGCUGUGCCUACGCCACGCGCCCGGCACCGCCGUACACUUCUACGACGUCCGUGCACUCGCCAAGAAGGUUGACGGUGCCGUGCAGGGUCGUGCCGCCCCCUUCUCCGUGCUGCACCUGCCGGGCGCUGCCGACACGUGCGCCCUCGACAUGAAGUGGAACCCGGCCGCGCCGUCUGUGGCGGCCGUGUGCCUGUCGGACGGCGGGGCGCACGUGCUGGACGUGUCGGGGCCGCCCUGCAUCUCCGCGUCCCUGCCGCCAAGCGCCAGCGUCACCGCCAUUUGCUGGAGUCCAAAGGGAAAGCAGUUGGUGUGCGGGAAAAUAAAUGGAACCAUGGCUCAGUACACACAGAGCCUGCAGGAGAAGCGGCAGAUUCCCUGCGCCCCCUUUUACGCCGAGGACCCGGUGAGAGUGCUAGACGUGUGGUGGGUCAGCACGCACGUGUUUGCGGUCGUGUACGCCGCAGCGGAUGGAAGUCUUGACUGUUCACCCCAGCUCGUCCUCAUCACGCUGCCGAAGAAAGAUGAGAAGACCCAAGAGAAGUUCGUGAACUUCAGCGACCUGUGCUUUGCCCCCAAGUCGGAGCGGCAGCACCGCUACUACCUGCACCACGUUGACGAGUGGGACCUCAUCGUGGCUGCCUCUUCAGUUUCCACCGACGUUGGGCUCUUGGCAAAGCAGAAAGAAGACCCUACGCAGUGGGAGACCUGGACCCUGGAGGACUCCAGCCGCGCUGUCUGCCCCGUCAAUGAAAACGACGACGACACGCUGCCCAUGGGCAUGGCCAUCGACCGCAGCACCCACAUGCUCAUCCCCAUAGGGGAAGACAAGAGCAUCCCAGCGGCACCCAUGCUGGUGCUGCUGUCCACGGACGGACUGCUGUGCCCCUUCUACAUGCUCAACAAGCAGCCCGGCGCUAAGGCCAUCGUGGCGCCGCCGCAAGCCCUGCCCACGCACGGCGAGAGGACGGCGCCGCCCGGUGGGGGCCCCGUCGCGCCCCCUGCCGCUCCGAGCUCCACCGCCCAGGGCCCGCCUCCCCUCACCGCCGCCGUGGCCCCCACCCUGAAACCCGCGGCGGCGCCGACGGCUUCCGUUCGCGCCUGGCCCGCGGCGGCGGCGCCCGGCGCGGGACCGUCAUCUCCCCCCGGCGUCAGGUUCUCCUUCAGCCCCAGCCCGAGUCUGCCGGCUCCACUCGCCACAUCGAAGGCCGCGACGUCCAUGCCCGCGGAGCCCCUGCGGCAGGUUCCGGCCCUGGCACAGGCGCAGGCGGCGUCGGCGAUGGGGAACUUCACUUUGGGACAGAUGCUCGCGCAGCCGAGCGCAGCCAUGAACUCGGAGGGGCCCAGCCUCUUCUCGACGCUCGCAGCUUCCCCGCUGACAGGUGGAUUUUCCAUGAGGUUCCCCGGGGCGCAGAGCCAAAGUCCAGCGACGCGGCCGAUCAGCAGGCCUCCCGCCACCUCCUUUGCCACGGCCGGGCAGCCGCUACCCAGGGCUGCUCCGCCAAGCACCACAGCUUCACAGCCACCCGCGAACACCGGCAGCCCCGUCACCCCGGCACGCCACGCUGGACCCUCUGCGGCAGUGACGGCCAUGAAGCCGACUCCACAGCGAUCCUCGGACCCUUACUCCGUGGGCAUCUCUGAGGAGGUGUCUCACUUCCAGCGGGAGCUCGACACCCUGAAGCUCCGCUGGGCGGAGGACGACUUCUCGGUGGGCACGAACGAGGAGCUGUCCCGCAUGUCACACGAAACGCAGGGCCUACGGGUCUACCUGGAGCAAAUCAAGGCCAAGACUUUGGUGCAGCACACGGAUGGGAGCAGGCUGCAGACAGAGGUGCUGCAGGGCUUUGCGGAGCUGGAGGAGGCGCGUUCUUGCCUGGAGCGCCGCCGCGACCCCGCUUACCAGCAGCUGCUGCGCCAGAGAAGCCUUCACCCUGCCAGCCAAAAGCAACUCGAGGAGAUCCGCCGGUUGCAUCGGUACGUCACCUUCGCCAUACAGGACAUCAACAACAUCCUCGAUUUCCAGUGGGAUUCCUUCUUGCAAGGGCAGAAGCAGCAGAAGAAGCUGAUGGUCCCGGAACGCGAGGGCCUUUACCGUUGCCUGGCGAACAACCGCAUGCUCCUGAUGGACUACCUGAGCACCGUGAACAGCCUCUGCCAGCAGCUGCAAACCGUGCGGGCGCGCAAGCCGCUCUCCACGUGGGGUCGCGGCGGCGCCGUGCCCAGCCCGGCCAGGCAGGCUUUGCCCAGCUGGGAGGAUGACUUGAGGGCCUUGCGGGAUGCGCUCAGCAGCACCCACAUACAGUCGCCAUCCGUGGCCCCCGGCGCCAGCUUCUCGGUCGCGCGUGUGGCGCAGCUGCGCAACUUCCUGAGCAAGAGAACGACCAUCGUCGUCAGGUCGACUGCACCAGCCAACUUGUCAGGCUCGGCCUUCCUGUCGACGCGCCGCACCCAGGACCUGGACGCAGCCAGCUCCGUGUCGUCAGUGGUGUGCCGGCCCUGCCUGGACGAGCUUGACGUGGAGCAAUUCGACGACGACGAUGACGACGACGACGACGACGGGGAGGAAUACGACGAAAACGACGACGACGGCGAGGACUCCGAAUAUGACGAGCAGAUCUCUCGCGUCCGACCGUCGUUCCAAGCACCGCCGCCCCCUUCUGCCGCGCACCAGCCUCCCCCUCUCACCCAGCACGCACCGCUGCAGCGUACGGCGUCUGUGGCGCCGGCACGGGUGCCAGGUCUACCCGGCGCGAAGGGCGGCGGCGGCGGUGUCGCCACUGCUCCGAGCGCCACGCUCAAGUACGGCGCGCCGGGCAUCGUGGGUGGCGAAGGAUCCCACGAAAUGCCAACCUUCGUGAACUCCAACAAGCCGGCCUCAUCCGCCGCCCCUCCCUCGGGCCAAGGCCUCGGAGUCGGAAUUCUGCUGCCCAGGCAGGCGGCGGCGGCCGCUGCCAUCAGCCGCAAUGCGGCCAGCAAGCCGGCGGUGACAAGCGCUCCGCUGACGGAGUCUACACUCAAGAACGUCCCGAAGGUGGUGAACGUCAUGGACCUCUCGACAUUUGGAGCGAAACCUACAACUAACGUGGUCACCAGCACAGUUCCCGCCAACAAGACCGUGGCCCCCAAACCCAGCGGCGGCGUCGGCGGCUCCAGCACCGCCGCGUUCUCCUUCGCGUCCCACUCGGCCUUCUCCGGGGGAAGCCCCUUCUCGUUCUCCACCGCCUCUGAUGGCGCCGCGCCCACGGGGGGCAAGACGGCGACGACGGCGCCUUCGACGGAGGCCGCUGCCCCGCCGCAGCCUUCGUCGCAGGCCCCAGGAAGGGCCCCGGGUGGCGACGCCUCCUUCGGGCAGUUCUUCGACAUCCUGAAGACGGCGAACUGGAACCCUGGCGAGCCCGGCAAGACGCACCCCGGGGCUCCCUUCUCCCUGGCGUCGGCGAGCAACGGACGUUCGCUCUUUGGCCAGCCGGCGCCCACCACGACCGCCACCACCACGGCUGCCAACGCCGCCAGUGCUGGAAAAGCCGCGGCGUUCUCCUUCAGUCUGCCGGUGACCACCGCCGCCCCCACCCCCACCGGCGCUGCCGUGGCUGCCACGCAGGGGCCUUCCCUUCCGUCCGCUUCAGCAGCUGUCGCACCGCCGCCACCGCCGCCAAACACUCUUUUAGUUGGUGACACGUCGCCACAAACUGUUCCUGUGGCUAGCAAAGCGCCAGUGUCAUCGGCCGUGCCCGUGCCGUCGAGUGCCGGCGAUGCCGCCCCGGCGUCGUCAUUCGUCACAACCGCGGUCACCGCCGCCGCGGUCACCGCCGCUGCUGCCGAGGAGCCUCCCUCUGCCGCCCUGGUUCCCAGCGCGAUGCCCGGGGCUGAGACACCGUCUCAACCGCCGCCAGCUCGCGCGCCGCAGCAGGAGACGCAGGAUCCGGCGGGGGUGGCUGUGGUCGGUAGCGAGCGGCCGACGGCGGCCAUGACGGCGCAGGUGUUUAGUUUUUGUAUGCCCCCGGCAUCCGCUUCCACCCCGGCCCCCGGCACGGUGGCUCAGCCCACGGCGACCAGCGCCGUCGCACCGGAAGCGCCUUCGGCCGCGCCAGCGCCGGCAGGAACGGCGACCGCCACCGCCGCCGCCGUCCCCACAGGCGCCGCCUUCGGCGUUCCGUCGGCCUUUGGGCAGCCGCCCAGCACGGGCGUGGGGACCUUCGCCACGUCCACCCCGCUCGCGACACCGCAGCCCCAACAGCAGCAGCAGCCGCAGGAAGCGGCGGGGGCGCCCGCAGCCGCAUCGACGACGCCGGCCUUCGGCUUCGGACAGCCAUCGGGGGAGGCGUUUGGGGUCGCCCCGGCAUUUGGCGUGGCCGCCCCCACCUCGGCGCCCGCGGCCGCCACGGCGACGGCCCCGACGGGCGCACCCCCGGCAACGUCCGCCGGCCCAUUUGCCGGGACGACACCGCCGGUGUUUGGUGCGACUUCUGGAUCCGGAGUUGGCCUUUUCGGUGGUGGCACAGGCUCGACUGCCGGAGGGUUUUUUGGACAGCCGAGCGCGGGCGUUGGUGGCGCUGGCAGCGCGUUUGGGCAGGCGGCACCGGCUGCUGCUGCUCCUGUAAGCGGUGCGACGACCGGGACGGUGGCGACCACCGGCUUUGGAUUUGGCUCCACUUCCGGCUUUGGAUCGCAGUCCUCGUCGGCGCCUGCCUUCGGACAGCCAGCAGCGGGUGGUGGAGGGGCCUUUGGGCAGCCGGCAGCGGGCAGUGCGGGAUCGCUAUUCGGCGGCACCGGCGGGAGUGGCUUCUUCAGCGGCCUGGGCAGCAAGCCAAGCCAGGAGGCGGCCAACAAGAACCCUUUCGGACAGACGAGCGCGGGAGGCCUCUUCGCAGGCAGCAGCAACCCCCCGAGUCUGUUCGGGGCAUCGGCCCCCGCAUUUUGUUCCCCUGCGUCGGGGACCGGCGGCUUUGGUGAGCAGAAGCCGGCGGGGGCCGGAGGGACGUUCACCGGCGGUGCCAGUGUGGCAGCGCAGGGCUUCGGUGCCAUCAGCAGCCCCUGCAAGACGCCAGGCUUUGGGGGACCGCCAGCCUUCGGGAGCCCCCCGUCGUUUGGGGGGAGUCCCGCGUUUGGGGCAGCGCCGGCGUUCGGGGCGGUGCCGGCGUUCGGGAGCCCGGUGCAGGCCGGGGUAGCGCCCUCGGCGCCCUCCAAGGUGUUCGGCGAAGGCACCGUCGCGGCGUCAUCCGGCAGCUUCGGCUUCGGUGUGGUGGGCUCGGCGCCUUCGUUCGGGAACCUCGCCAACCAGGCCAACCUCCCGAGCUUCGGCUCGGUGGGCGCCGUAUCGGGUGGCACCACCACCUUCGGUUCGGCCCCGACUGGAUUUGGGGCCCCGGCCCAGGGGUUUGGCGCCCCCGCCCAGGGCUUCGGCGCCCAGCCCACCACGUUCGGUGGAUUCGGUGGCGGUGGUGGUGGUGGUGGCACCGGCUUUGGCAGCGCUGGAUUUGGAUCUCAGUCCACUCCCUCUGGAUCUGCGUUCUCCGGAUGGAGAAGCUGAAAAUCGCCGUUUGCGAAUUUAAUCGGUGGCUUGUUAGUCCGAGUUCUGUUUAUGUUUUUGUAUGAUUCGUUCUGAACCAGUUGGCAAUAAAAAAAAAUAUGCACAGGUGGUCGCCAGAGUCGGAAACUGACUUUAUUGACGAUGUCUGUAUCAUAAUCGCUUAGCUGACUUGACCGAUGUCUUGAGUGGUAAUAUGGAGUUGGGUAAUGGUCAAGAAGGGCAUGGGUAAGGUACGAGGUGUGGUAACAGUCGAUACAUAGUGGGAGGGACACGGGACUGCAGCUGCGGCGCUGUCGCAUCUGACGAUGAAGGGGCAGCAGAUCACCUGCCUCUUCAUCUGACGAUGAAGCUGGAGCCACAGCAGUGUAGACCUUCUGGCUUUGAUUGCAGAGCAUCGAAACAAUCCCUCCAAAGACAGCUGGACAAAAUUGUUCUUCUUCUGCUGGUAAAGCCCCUUGGAGCAGUGAAUGCCACGGGUCAAUGUCCUGUUAACUCUACAGCUGCGUUCUCUGUUUGUAUCAUCCUCUCUGAAAAUGGCCAUUGCUAUUUCCCAAUGAAUAAAAGGCUCUGACAAUGUUUUUAUUUAGUUAAUGGUUGUGGUGGUUAUAUCGUUUCAUCGGCCUCUUCCUCGACUCGUCCCAGCUGCAAGAGACCCUCAUUUGACAGAUCCUCACCCCAUUGGCAUCAAGCAACUCCACGACGUCCGACUCCUCCACAUUGUCGAGUCCAGCUUGGAUUUAAAAUGUUUGUUAGUUGUCUGCUGGUCACUAUUUCGUA